AUGUCGGAAACACCAAAAGUCCCUCAGCAAGGCGCCUUCAUCUGCAAGAUGGUGCCGUUUGUCCAGUCCACUGCUGUGGUGACAGAAAUCCUAACGAUGACCUGCAUUGCUGUUGAGAGGCACCAAGGACUUGUCCAUCCUUUUAAAAUGAAGUGGCAGUACACCAACCGAAGGGCUUUCACAAUCUUGGGUGUGGUCUGGUUGAUGGCCAUCAUCGUGGGAUCACCCAUGUGGCACGUUCAACAACUUGAGAUUAAGUACGACUUCCUAUAUGAGAAAGAACACGUCUGCUGCUUGGAAGAAUGGGCCAGCCCCGCGCACCAGAAAAUCUACACCACCUUCAUUCUUGUCAUCCUCUUCCUCCUGCCCCUGGUGCUGAUGCUGGUCCUCUACGGUAAGAUCGGCUACGAACUCUGGAUCAAGAAGAGAGUUGGAGACAGCUCAGUGCUGCAAGCUAUUCAUGGGAAAGAAAUGUCCAAAAUAGCCAGGAAGAAGAAGAGGGCUGUCAUUAUGAUGGUGACAGUGGUGGCUCUCUUUGCUGCGUGCUGGGCGCCUUUCCAUGUUGUUCACAUGAUGGUUGAAUACAGUAAUUUUGAAAAAGAAUAUGAUGAUGUCACAAUCAAGAUGGUUUUUGCUGUAGCACAAACAAUUGGGUUUUUCAACUCCAUCUGUAAUCCCAUUGUGUAUGCAUUUAUGAAUGAAAACUUCAAAAAGAAUUUUUUGUCUGCAGUUUGUUAUUGUCUAAUAAAGGAAACCUUCUCUCCAGCGUGGAAGCACAGAAAUUCAGGAAUUUCAAUGACGCAGAAGAGAGCCAAGUUAUCGCGACAACAGCGUCCAGUAGAGGAAACCAAGGGAGAUGCAUUCAGCGAUGCCACCAUCGAAGUCAAAGUGUGUGAGCAGCCAGAAGAGAAAAGGCAUCUCAAGCGACAGCUUGCUUUCUUUAGUUCUGAACUUUCUGAAAAUUCAACUUUAGGCAGUGGACAUGGAUUGUAAUGGUAUCUUCAUAAUUAAUACCAUUUGUAUGGAAAGUUAUUUUGAGCAAAGGUCAAAGACUAUUUUUAAAUGAUGACAAGAAGGGAAACAAGGCAUAUUUUCCAUUUAAACUGACAUAAUACAUGAAACUAUAACUUUGAAAAAUUAUUAAAACAGCUUUGUACAUUAUUAAAGUAGAUUUAUUCAAGACAUCAUACAUAAAGCAGUGGUUUCGGCAGCAGUUUUUGUCCAUGUAGUCAAUGCAAUGUGACUUUCUGUGUAUUGCAAAACUGGAUGGAAAUUAUUAAAUUGUACCAUCAUCUUUGCAUAUUAAAGAGCUGAACACCAUAAUGUAAUUUAUAGCAUACUGUUGAAGUUAAGGUAACAACCUUUGCAAUUGACAUUUGUGCCAUAAUAAUAAAGGCAGAGACAACGAAGAAUCA